ACUCGGUGUGAGUUUUCCAUCUCACAAAAAUGUUCCCGUUUUCUUGUUUACUGGAUUCAGAAUUUCAUAUAGUUUGGGAAAGAAUGUUUGGAAAGAGUUCCAUAUACGGACAACACUCAAUGCUUCGGUGAACAAGCUAUACUGUGUCAGGCUUGCCCCAAAAACCUCCGUAGCCUAACACUUAGUAACAGUGCAGUAACAUUGCCUAACUUGUGUUUUCCUAAAGUGCGCGCGGCCUGUCUAGGUCCUUAAAUGUUUGGGAAUUUAUUUUCCCAGCUAAAUCUCACUUUUUAGGACAUUUUAUCACUUUGUAAGGGCUGUUAUAACAGUUUAAGGGAAAAUUAGUGUUGUCUGUACAUGGAAAACUGAAUGUUGCAUCCUGACUCCAUUUCAGAAUUAGGCCCCUAGUUGGAAUUCUAACAAAGAUUAGAAAAUUUUCCAUAAAAUUGGAAAUUUGGAGAAAAUACUUUGAUGAAAAAAAUUGGAGGCAGGGCCUAUCAGAGGAGGCAGCAACGUUUCCAAAACAUUGUUAUUAAAUAAAACAAUAACAUAAUUUCUUGCCAAAUUGGUUUACUCUAAUGCUAGAUUGUGUUUUAUCAGGCUCACGCGGCCGUGGUAGGCCCCACAUCACCCUCAUAAUACAGGCCUAGUGAACACCUAGGCUAUAGCACAGGCCUUGGAAGUUCAGAUGGAGUAGACCAUAAAAGCAUUAAGACGGAGCUUGAUGCUUUUCUUUCUUGUUUUAAUUACAAUGAAUGUACCAAAGGUUUACUCGAGCCUAUCCCGUAGGAAGAAAGAAACACCCUCGAACUUGAUGUCAUGUAUGCACAAGAAAGAUUUUGUUGAAACUCAUCCUGUUGGGCACGAGCAUCAGAUCCAACGCUGACGGACGACCAUGGAGUCAUACACGCUCAGGCGUGCCUUCAUCUACGCGACGCUCUUUGUCGGCUACUUCCUCUACUACCUCAAUCGCAAGUCCUUCUCCUUCCUGAUGCCCUACGUCAUCGAGGAGGACAGGAUGCACAGGAGCGAUCUGGGUGCGAUCACCAGCAGUAUAUCGCUGGCCUACACCAUUAGCAAGUUUGUCAGCGGGGUCCUGUCGGACAAAGUCAGCGCCCGGGUCCUCUUCAGUAGCGGCCUGUUCCUGGCCAGCCUGCUGGUGCUGCAGUUCACCGGUUUCCAAUCGCUGCAGAUGCUCAUGGUGCUGUGGUUUCUGAAUGGCAUCGCCCAGGGCGGUGGCUGGCCCGCCUGCUCCAAGAUCUUGAAACAGUGGUUCCUUCCAUCCGAACUUGGCCUGUGGUGGAGUGUCCUAUCCACCAGCGCCAACCUGGCCGGGGUCGUCGGCCCCGUCUGUCUGUCUGUCGUGGCAAAGGAUUAUGGGUGGAGGACGGCCAUGUACAUAGGAGGUGUGUUGGGUAUUGCCAUGGCUGGCGCGUCGCUCCUACUCAUCAAGAAUUCGCCGUCGGAGGCCGGUCUGGAACCACGUACCGCCGCAGAGGCCACUAAUGCACCCGCAAGCAGUAAAAAUGCUUCAUCGGAUGCCAGUCCGUCGCAGAGUUCCGCCACGACUCGUGACGUGAUCGGCUCCCCGUUCCUCUGGGUUGUCUCGGUCUUAUUUUUCUUGACCGCGCUCAUUGCCUACGGGGUCAUGGACUGGGGUCAGCUGUAUCUCAUCCAGGAGGUCGGCUUUGAGAACGCCGUGGGAAGUGCCUUCACCAGUUCUUACUCCAUCGGGGCCAUUGUUGGCAGUGUCCUAGCCGGGUUUGUGACGGACAGAUUAGUUGCCAGGGCCAGCAAGAACUGUAAAACCUGCCCCCGCUUUCCCUGGUUCAUGUUCAUGGAGGGGAUCAACCUCAUGUCCAUCCACAUCUUCCGAAGUCUGGUCACCAUCGACACAAACGAGGUGUUCAUCCUUGCUAUUGGGUUCCUGUUCGGCUUGGCCCAGUAUGGAGCCUUUUCUGUCUACGGCGUGGUGGCCAUCGAAAACGCACCGGUCCACUUGUCGGGGACGUCCCACGCCUUCGCAGCCAUGGCCUGCAAUGUCGGUGUCCUGAUGGCCGGCUACCCGCUCACCUACAUAGCCGAGCGGUUCGACUGGUCCGUGGUGCUAAUGUGUCUGGAGGCCAUGUCACUGACCAGCCUCCUGCUGCUGGUCGCAGCCAGGAAAGUCGAGGCCCGAAUCGGCAAGCCCCCGUUGAAGGUGGAAUGACAGGUGUGCGGGUAAUUUACGCCCCGUCAGUGGGUCAGAUCUCUUGUCCUUGGGUCUUUCUUGUUGUUUCAAUGUGACAGAAUCAUUGCCAGUGUUGGAAUGAAGAGUUUGUUUUGUUUUAAAUAUCCUCUGCCGCAAUCUGAAAUCAUUUCUUUAACUGUUCAGUUUCCUUACGCUGCAUUUUGUAGCCUGUAAACAUGUAGGUCUGACUUCUUGUUACCUGUGAUUUGAAGGCUUGCGCCGAUGAUGGACGUAACUGUAACUCUGGAGGCCCCUAUAGGACACCUCCUUUGUAAAUGAAACCCAGAGAACUAAUUACUCAGUGGAACCUCAUUAAUAAUUGGAACCUUGUAUUGUCAGGAAUGAAAACAAAGUAGAGCAAAGGAUUGAAACUUAAAUGUUUCCUUGUUAUAGAGGUUUUUCAAAUGAUGUAACAUGAUGGGCAAAGACAUUUCAGGAAGCAUACCAUGUCGGCGGAGGCACACACAUUUUCGAAUCUGUGUAUUUCUGUUGGCAAUUUCAUGUACACCAGAAAAGUGAGAGACUCCGAAGGCAGGCGCGUUUCCGCGCUCAUCUGUGUCAAUUGAACGCUGAUGACCAUCAUGAUAUCAUUCGACGGAAAAUCCUCUAUAAGCAGAAUGCUGUCUUUUCAGUGCAGUUAUUUCUGGGCAUUGAGUCUACAGGAUAUUGACUGCAUGGAGUUAUGUAAUAAAAACAAGCCUCCCUCAGUGACCAUGGGAAAACAAGCCUCCCUCAGUGACCAUGGGAAAACAAGCCUCCCUCAGUGACCAUGGGAAAACAAGCCUCCCUCAGUGACCAUGGGAAAACAAGCCUCCCUCAGUGACCAUGGGAAAACAAGCCUCCCUCAGAGACCAUGGGAAAACAAGCCUCCCUCAUUGACCAUGGACUAAGGAUGUAAAUUUCCGGUUAUUUUUUAAAAAACUUUCCCAAACCUUUUAAAUUUUUAAACAUAUAAACGUCCCACCCUCACCACGGUGUCAUUGUAAACUAUAAACACUACAGAUUGUUUGCAAUAUAAAUAGUUGACACAAACUUCCGGUGAUGAAUUCACGGCAUUCCUUUGAAAUGUCCGAGCAGUAAAGUAUUCUGAAAAUCAAAGUACUUUUUACAGGCACCGUUUACACUAAAACUGAAUGCCAGAUUUCGGCAAUUGAAACGUCAAAUCUCUGGGGCGGUUCUGUUUAAACGUUCGAGAAAAUCCGUCAACGGAUUUAGAACUUUUGUUUAAAGGUGCAAACGUCCGACCCUUACCAUGGUGAAGCUGAGGGGAAACUAAAAUACUCCAUUGGGGUUGGGGGGGGGGUCAUUUCCCUACGCCAUGUGAUCAAGCAGUCAAUUUCACUUCUCCCACAGGUUCUGCUUGAUUGGAACCGAUAAAUGAUCAAUUUGAUCAAAGUACAGUUGAAAUGCAACUCAUUGAAUACAAAAUUUGUUGAAAUUAGUCACCCAGACUUUUCCAGACUACUUCUUCGCGACAUUGUUGGACCCACCUUUGUUGCAUUGGUUACCAGUUGCUAUGCACAGUACUUGGUUGCUACGGGUACAGUACUUAGUUGCUAUGGGUAUAGUAUUUGGUUGCUAUGGGUAUAGUACUUUGGUUGC